UCCUCCCCCCAAAUCCCCGCCACGCGAAGCUGCGGCGCACGAUUGAAGAAUGUCCCGUGUUCCAUUGGGAAAAGUCCUCCUGAGGAAUGUCAUCCGGCAUACAGAUGCUCACAAUAAGAUUCAGGAGGAAUCAGAUAUGUGGAAAAUAAGAGAACUGGAGAAACAGAUGGAAGAUGCUUACCGGGGGACCAAAAGGAAAAUGUUACCCAGUAGUUCAAGCCGGAUGCGUAGUGAUGGUUUUGAUGAAGAAAGUCAAAGAGACUAUUGGAGGCCAAAGAAUGAAAUUUCUGGGGCACUGGAAGAUGAUUUUCUGAAGGCUAAAUCCUGGAAUAAGAAGUUGUAUGAUUAUAAAGCUAAUAUGCCAGACAGAUGGGGUCACAGUGGUUAUAAAGAGUUAUACCCUGAAGAAUUUGAAACAGACAGUAGUGAUCAGCAAGAUAUCACCAAUGGAAAAAAAACAUCUCCCCAAGGAAAACCAUCUACCCACGAGUCUCACAAACACAAGAAGUCAAAGAAAUCUCACAAAAAAAAGCAGAAAAAAAAGUCACACAAAAAACAGAAGAAAAGCAAAAAAGAAGCCACAGAUAUAACAGCAGAUUGCUCAAGCGAGUUCUCGGAAGAAACUGGGGCUUCUAGUACCAGGAAAAGGAAACAACCGCAUAAACGCAAGAAAAAAUCCAGGAAAAAGUCUCUCAAAAAAUCUGCUUUAUUCUUGGAUGCAGAAAGUGACACUUCCCAGUCGGAUGAUUCUGCAUCCAGCAGUUCUGAGGAAGGUGAGGAAAGAGACACCAAGAAAACCAAAAGAAAAAAGAGAGAGAAAGAAGUCCAUAUCCCUAUAGUUAACAAUGAAAUACAGGAGAGGACAAACAAACGCACAAAUUGGAAAGUGGCUACAGAUGAACGGUCUGCAGAGAGUUCAGAGGAUGACUGAAGAGGAGAGCUAUUCCAUUUCCCAUCUGACUGGUUACUUACAGCUCUUCCACCUUGGGUUUUGCCAGUGACUCUCUUGCCCAGCACAGGGACCCUGAUGUCAGAGCUAUCCUGUGCCAUCUAUCUACGUUCUGACAGACUUCUUGUCUUCUGUUUUGGCCUGUUAAACUUGAUCCUCUGAUUGUUAAUAGGGAAUCUGGUAUUUUGUUAUGAAGUUUUCU